UGCCAUUUUGUCAUAUAUUUUAUUCAAAGUUUUUCCUGCUCGUCAACUGUAAAAAGUCGUGUCUGUUUUUCGUGUCUCUUUGGAACGUAUGUUUGUUCACAAGGAGCGGUUGUGUUACUCUUUGUAAUUACUCGAUCGAAGAAUGAGCAAUAGAAGGAAGAAAGCAAGAAUGAUGUCAGAAUCAGAUUUUGAUGAUGAUAUUGUUACAUUGAGAUUUAUCAUGAAUGGAAAGGAAGCUGGUUUGUUGAUUGGAAAGGGUGGUGAAACCAUUAAGAAUCUUAGGAAAUCUAGUGAUGCAAUCAUUAAUAUAAGUGAUAAUACUUCAAGAGAAAGACUGGUUUCUUUAACUGGUCCUGUCAACAGUGUUAUUCAUGCUUUCAAAUUGAUUAUUGAGCGGUUUGAAGAGGACUACUACAGCAGAUCAUCCCCUGAAGAUAUGGUUUUUCAACUGCUGGUCCCAUCCGCGCAGUGUGGCUCUCUGAUUGGUAGAAGUGGGUCAACGAUUAAAUAUAUUCGAGAGAAAUCUGGAGCUCACAUCAUGAUCGAUUCUGAUCCAAUGCCACAAUCCUCUGAAAGGAUGGUUCAUAUAUCAGGCAGUGCCAGCAGUGUAAUUGGUUGCAUGAAAUCAAUUUGUGACACCAUGGUUCAGAACCCUGUUUCUUGCCAUAUUGACCCAUAUUAUCCCGAGAACUCUCCAAUGAACAAAAAAUCAAACAGACCCGUGAGGAAUCAUCGAUAUGACAGAGAUUCUUACGAGCGUCGCGAUCAAGGUCGACCUUUAUUGAGAAGUCCCCUCCCAAGAAGACGCAAGAGAAGUGAUGACUUUUUAGAUGAGUUUAUGACUGAGACUAUGUCAAUACCAAGCCAAUUUGCAGGAAGUUUGAUUGGUAGACGUGGCGCUAAAAUCAACGAGAUAAGGACGAAAUCUGAAGCUAGCAUAAAAAUUGCGGAUGCAAGAGAAGGUUCAAGUGAACGAAUUGUAACGAUAAGUGGAAAUCCCGAGGCUGUUGGCAUGGCUCAAUUCCUUAUAAAGUCAAGGGUGAAAUUUGAAGAAAAGAAAGCUAAAAACGAAAAUGCUCUAUCGUGAUCUUGUAAAAGGAUUCAACUCGUUUUACUCCGUCAAUAUACGUGCACAAGAAUACUGUCUUAUUUAAACGUUCGUGUUUUCUCAUUAAAACUGAGGCAAUGGUUGUCACUGUUUGCUGCUAAUAUAUUGUAAUAUUACAUAAUCUCUCUAUAUCACUAUGGCUACUUUAUAAAUUUAUAAAUUCAGCUUCGGAGGCUUGUUUUAUUUAUAUCUUUUACAGAAAAUGGUUGAUAAACUCGAAUUUUUCAUUUCUCUCUCCAUGCACGUAAUUUAAUAAACAAAUGUCAUUGGUGAGUUAAAA